ACGUGUGACAUUUCGAUUGCAUAUGAUUUGAGCCGACUAUCCAGAAGUAAAAACAGUAAAAAUGAUGCUGUUCAAUAUAUCUUCUCUCCUAUCCUUGUUAUUAGCUUUAGAUGUAGCCUCAGCCCUGUACUUCCAUAUAGCUGAAGGUGAACGAAAAUGUUUUAUAGAAGAAAUCCCAGAUGACACCACAGUAAUCGUAAACUAUAAAGUGGAGUUAUAUGACCCUCGGUCGGGAGGAUUCAUGCCUUCAUCACCUGGCAUAGGUAUGCAUGUCGAAGUUCGCGAUCCCAGCGACCGGGUGGUACUCUCACGAGUAUAUUCAUCAGAGGGAAUGAUUUCAUUUACUUCUAACAACCCUGGAGAACAUGUCAUCUGUAUGUACUCCAAUAGCACUUCCUGGUUUAGUGGUUCACAGCUGAGGGUACACUUAGACAUCCAAGUGGGUGAGCAUGCAGUUGAUUAUGCCAAUGUAGCUCAGAAAGACAAGCUGACGGAACUUCAGUUGAGAAUAAGACAGUUGCUGGAUCAAGUGCAUCAGAUUACCAAGGAACAGAGUUAUCAAAGACGCCGCGAAGAGAGAUUCAGACAGACAUCAGAAAGCACACAUCAAAGAGUAUUAUGGUGGAGUUUGAUGCAGACGGGAGUCCUCGUCGGGAUCGGUUACUGGCAGAUGAGACAUCUCAAGAGUUUCUUUGAGGCUAAGAAAUUAGUUUAAAUAAAAGCCACUAUAUAUCAUAGUCAUACAUUUUUCUCUAUUUAUAAUAAUAAAAAAAUUUAUAACUUCAGUUUCUAAGAUUACAAUUGUCACACAUUUUUGUUCUGAUCUGAUGUUUUUCAAUAAAAUGUGAUUGUAAUUCCGUUAUAUUUUAUAUGAAUGAAUAAAAUGACCAUGGUAA